UCCUCCCCCCCCCGCUCCCCGCCAGCCGCUUCGCUCUUCCUCCUCUCGGGUUUAUUUGCAAUGUAUGAAACUUGCAUGGCUGUGAGGAGAGCCGAUCCAGUGUGGGUUUGCGAGGAGGAGGAGGAGGAGGAGGAGGAAGGAAGGGUUGGAGGCAGGGGAAAGGAGGCAGUCGCGUUAAUCCCGGGCGUCGCACGGCAGCAGGUUUGCGUUAGGAAUAUCGGUGGCAGCCCGCUGCUGCCGCUGAAUGAGGAAGGUAAAACGAAGCGAUGCGAGAACCGCCGAGGCGACAUGCACGGCGGCGGGGCGAGAGGCACCGGCAGGCGGCUGCCCGCCCCCUCCCUCCCUGCCUGCUGCCUCCUCCCUCCCUCCCCGCCGGGGCGGGGAAGGACCGUGCCCGGGUCUCCCCCGCUCGCCGCCAGCCGAGCCGGGGGGCCGCGGGGCUUUAACCGUGUGCGGGGCGGAUUCGCCACUUUUUCCGGGGGAGGCCCGCGGUUAAAAGUUUUCUGCGGAGGUCACUAUCACAUGACAAAGGCUUUGGGACAGCUUCAUCUUCGUCUGUCUGUAAUUUCCAUUUGCCUUCCUGAACCAGUGCUACCUGCCCCCGUUUUGCAGAUUGCAGAGUAGACCCAGGGAUGUUCAGGUCACAGUAAUGAAAGGCAGUAGUAGGAAUAAGGAUCACUCGACAGAAGGAGAAGGAACUGGGAAGCGACCAAAAAGGAAGUGUCUUCAGUGGCAUCCCCUGCUUGCCAAGAAACUCCUUGACUUCUCUGAAGAGGAAGAAGAGGAAGAAGAAGAGGAAGAUAUUGAUAAGGUGCCGCUCCUUGGCCCUGAUGGUUUAGAGCAGGAUGCUGAUGAGACUGAAGAUGACGAGUCCUCAGAGCAACGAGCUCGCCGACCAAUGAAUGCAUUUCUCUUGUUCUGCAAACGACACCGCUCUCUUGUGAGAAAAGAACACCCUCGCCUCGAUAAUCGUGGCGCAACCAAGAUCUUGGCAGAUUGGUGGUCUGUUCUAGAUCCAAAAGAAAAACAGAAAUACACUGACAUGGCCAAGGAGUACAAGGAUGCAUUUAUGAAAGCAAACCCAGGGUACAAGUGGUGCCCCACAACCAACAAACCUGUGAAAACCCAGGCAUCCAGUGUUACAAACAGGAAAAAGUUAUGGGCCAUUGCAUCAGAUUCUGCAAAAGACUUACCGAGCCCAAGGAAAGUAACCAAAAGUGAAGAAAUGCCACAGCUUAACUUUGGGAUGGCAGAUCCUACACAAAUGGGAGGCCUAAGUAUGCUGCUUCUAGCAGGGGAACAUGCGCUUACUGCACAAGAGGUUUCCUCCAGUACCUGCCAGUCUGAUGCAACUAAUUCUACAGAAGCCUGUCAGAAGUCAUCAUUGUUUCAGUUUGCAGAGAUCUCUUCAAACACAUCACAGCCUGGAGUCCCGGGGCCAGUAAAACAAACGGAGGAGUCCGCAUUGUUUCAGUUUGCUGAGAUCUCAUCAAAUACUUCCCAGUUGCCAAGUCCUGAGCCAGUAAAGCACUGUGGGAAGUCGGCACUCUUCCAGUUGGCAGAGAUUUCUUCAAGUACAUCCCAUUCAGGGCCUUCUGAUUUAACAAAACAGUGUGGAACAUCAGCAUUAUUUCAGCUGGCAGAGAUGUGCCUUGCUUCAGAAGGAGUAAAUGUGAAGGAACCUGGGAAAACAAAAGUGGAAGCACUGGAAGAUCUGGGAGGGAAAGUUUCAGAGGAAAUGGAAGUAGAACUGGAGAAAACAACAGUAAAAGACUCCUGUAAAGGAAAAGUAGAACAAUCAGAGAUAGAGAAAAUUAAAAACCGGGAUGAAACAAAAACUGAGGAAUCAGAAACUGCAAAAUGCAGAGAUUUUACUGGUCUUGCAAUGGAAAACAGUCCUUUUGACAGAAAGGAUAAUAGAAAGGAUCACAUGUGCUGUUCUCCAGAACUUUUCCUGGGUGACAUGAAUAUCCUUGGGCUAAAGCCGGAAAAAAUAAAGAAGAAAAAGAAAAAAUAUAAGUUGGACCGGCACAUGAAUGAAAAAUCCACCCCCAAGAAAUCUUGUAAAAAAAGGCAGUCCUCCGAGUCGGACAUUGAAAGUGUGAUGUACACGAUUGAAGCUGUUGCGAAGGGGGACUGGGGAGCUGAGAGACUCACGGAUACUCCCCGCAAAAAAAACCGCCCUGUCUCAAGUGUGAAGGGAAGCAUGUUGGAUACAAAAUCACCAAAGAAAAAAGUGAAAUCGAAAGAGAAGAAAACAUCAAAGGAGAAACCGAUGGAGACCACCAAAGAAUCAAAGCCUCCCGAUUUCCUUAGUAUUGCAGCCAGCAAGGAAGUACCAUGUGAGGCUUCUGAUAACAUUAAAGUGGAACCACUGACCCCAACAGAGGAGGUGGUACCCCAAAGCUUACCAGAACAGGUCAAAACUGAGGACAGUGACUGUGUUAAAAAGAUAGAAACCUGUGGCUCCAGGAAGUCAGAGAGAUCUUGCAAAGGUGCUCUUUAUAAAACUCUGGUGUCAGAGGGCAUGCUCACGUCUUUGCGCGCUAAUGUGGACAGAGGAAAAAGAAGCUCAGGAAAAGGCAACUCCUCAGAUCAUGAAGGAUGCUGGAAUGAAGAAAUCUGGGCCUUUUCCCCGAGUGGGACAAGUGGGAACAAAAAGCUGAAAAAGACUAAGCCAAAGGAAGAAUUUGUUUUUGGCUUAGCAAAAUUGGAAGAAGAAUUUGCAAAGAAAUUCAACAGCCUCCCUCAAUACAGUCCUAUUACCUUUGACAGGAGAAAUUCAGCUGUUCCGAGGAAAAAGCGAAAGGUUGGAAGCGGCUCAUGUGAACUACCAAAAUCCAACAAAGCCAUACUAUUAGAAGACAGAAAUUCCAGUGAGUCUGCCUGGAAGAAUAAAAUUUCUAUAUCUGCCCUAAACACUCCAGAGCCAGCAAUGAUGCAUGAGCCUUUAGUUGGCAGCCAGAAAAGAAAAGCAAGGAAAACUAAGAUCACACAUCUUGUCCGAACAGCAGAUGGUCGAGUGUCACCAGCAGGAGGGACACUGGAGGAGAAGCCAAAAGAGCUGCCACAAAGUACUCUUCAAAAAACAUCAAGUGCAGAAACAGAUUGCAACAGUGAAUGCUCCAGAAACGCAGAGGCAGAAGAAAAUCAUAGUAUUACAUCAGAUAUGCCAGCGGUGUCUGCAUUUUUUAGCUUAGCUGCUCUGGCGGAAGUAGCAGCCAUGGAAAAUGUACACAGAAGUCAGAGGCCCACACCUCUCCCACACGAUGGACAGCCAAAUGAAAUGUCUCAGGCUCCAGUGCUUAUUUCCUGCGCUGACCAGUGAAGCUCCACUUUAUUGUAAAACAUUGUGCUUUACCUAAUAUCCUAGCCUUGUCUUUACCAAGGGAAGCUAGUCAGUCCAUAUGAUGGAACUAGAGACUGCAAUAAAGUGCUUAUUGCUCUGAGUGGCCCAGAAUUCACUGGAAGCCAGACGUUAGCUACUUGGGCCAGGUCCUCAAAUCGGAACCCAGUAUGUAGGAGGGUGAUAUUAAUUGUCUAUUAAUGAACAGAAAUGGAGUGGAAUGAUCCCAGAGCUUGCUUUCUAUUGAAGGCUUUUAAACAGUAAAUAGAUGGUUGGUGUGAAAAAGGCUGCCUUUACUGUUAGCUCUCACAGCAUCUCUUUUACCAACCAGAGAGUACGGCAACUAGUUUCAUAUAAUACCUAGUUACUCUAAAUGAAAAUGAAAAAAAGAAAAAAAAAAAAACCAACAAAAACACUGACGCACUGCACUAGUUAUUAUUAGAUAUUCUUAGUCAUUUUUGUACAUGAAGAUUUAAGUUCUAAGAUGGUUUAUAUUAAUAGGGUAUGCCUACGUUUAUAUUGUAGAGUGAAUUUAAAACCUGUUCCAGAGAACUCAAGGCAGCCUGGACAGAUGUACCAUUGUUAGCGGUGUUUGGGCAGCCAUGUGGUCCAGAUGUUCUGCACUUUUAUAUUUGCCACCAGAGUGGUAGAGUUUACUGGGAAAAAUUCUGACAGGCUAUGUUUGGGUUUGUUUCUUUUUAUUUUAGCUUUGAAUAACCAGGAUGAUGUGCAUUAGAAAAAAGAGUGGUGUAUGGAAAAGAAAAUACUGCAGAUAAUUGACUUGUCUUUCAUGCCUUGGAGGGUUCCUUUAUUUUUGCAUAGAUACCUGAGCGACUUGGUGAAACUUUCCUGUAAACAAAAAGUACUGCAAAUGCGUUUUUCAAAAGUGACCUUAGUAUUAUUUCACCGUUCUGAAAAACCUAAAACCAUGACUUUUCGAUAUACGUGUACAUCAAUACACAUACAUGUUACAUUUUACAGACACUGGCAUUGUUGUAGUUACUAUGCACAGUCCAAAUCAGCUUCAGAGUUUGCAUAAAGGGCCAAUUACAGUUCGUGUUGGUAAAGUGGCAAGUUGUAUACAGAUAAACUACAACCGAAGAAUAGCGUUUGACUGAAUUCAGACUACCAAACAGAUCCAUCUGCCAGUUUCUGUCUUUGCUUGUGUUGAAUUUUUGUGUUUUGCUCUCAUAAAUACAUCCCAAAAGCAGGCCAAAUGUAUCACUUGGCCUGUUACCUUCACUAUCUUGACUUACACUAUUGUAUAACCAAGCAUUGAUUCCUACCAAUAGAUGCAAAAUGAUCACUAGUAAUUGAUCUAAAGCUACAAAUUCAACAGGGUACUUCUUCUAUAGCACAAGAUGUUUCCCUACUUUUUGCAUUGUAGCACAACAAUUUACCAAAUUGGACUCCAGCAAUAAUUUUCUAUUAGUCUUCGUCAUACCGGCUGAACUUUUGAUAGUAUUAGAUUGCGUUUGAAGUUCUUUGAAUUAAGUCUUUAAAUGAUGCGAGUUUACAUCAUUCUAUCAGGCAUUCUUAUUUAUACUUGACUGAAUUGAUAAUGUGUUUUGGGGUUAUUUUGUAACUAAUUUGAUGUAAUAGCCAUAUGGACCGUAACUCUAUUAAUGCUUGCUAGGUUUAGCCUUUCAUUGUUGUAGUUAAUAGAAAGUCUCUGGUUCAGUGUCAGGAAACAAUAUACAAUGUACCACAUGAGUUUCAAGAAAGGAUUAAAGGUCUGACAAAAGGCAGGUAGCUGGGGAAGUGUCACUGAAACAGCACCAUCGAGGAUGCAUGUGUGGAAAGAAGGGAACAACAGAAGAACAACAAAAUUUACAAGCCAAUGAGUCGGUGAAAAGGUUUUUUUAAAAAUUCAGGUAAAUAAGAGCCCCUAAAAUGCCACUGCAGCCUAUGGCGGUAUUUGAAAUAAGAUUUUAUUAAAGUUUUAUAAGUUAUUUUAACAAGACAGCAAAAACUUAAAAGACUAAAAACUUGUGGGUCACAGCAGGGUGGCUGUUGGAGUUUUGGACCACUUUAUAAUUAGCUGAAAUCCAAAUAUGUUACAGUGCAGGCCGUUCACGUUGACAAUGGUACUAACUUAUUUCUCUAGAAACCUUUAGAGUAGAUAUAUUUUUGUCAAAGCACCCCAUCCUUCCUCGAUUUAAAUUUCAAUAUUGUUCCUGGAGAUAUUUCUGUAUAUUAAUGGUACCUUUUUUAAAAGAAACAGAAAAUUACUUUUUUCUAUAUAAAUUAAUAUCUUACUUGAUCUGCUUUUCCUUGACUUUCCCUUAGAGAGGGGGUAGGGUUGGGUCAGUUUACUGGAUAUGACUGUUUUCAGAUACUUAUAAACCUUUUUGUAGAUAUGCUUAAUUUUUAAGCGAUUAGGCACUGAGAGUAGCAGAAAUCCUGCAAAGCUUUAUAGUUCACUAGGCAUUUGCCUUUGUUGGUUCUCUGAGUGAUGUCUUGAUUUGAGUAGCUAGAAUUUUCCCUGAAUCUACUAGAAGGAGUAUCAGUAUUUUCAGGUAACAAAGUCUGUUAGCACAACAAAAAUUUCAGACCAAUAUCUUACUGUAUUGGGGUUGGGGUUUUUCCUUGUUUGUUUUGUUUUAAUUUUUAUUAAUUUCAGCUGCUUUCAUUUUGGAAAAUCUUAUUGCUAUUGUGUGUACUUCAGUAUACCAGCAAACACUGUUACCUGUUAAAACCUUGUCCACAAAUGCCUCUAGAGAAGAAAUUGUUGCACCUUAUGUAUAUCUCAAGCAAACCAAAAUAUGAUGCUUUUCUGCUUUGUUUAUUCUGAAUAUGUUGUAUCAUACUUUACUGAACCCAUUUUAACUUAGCUAAAGCUAUCAAUAUUUAUGCAUUUCACAUUAUUUUCUGGAUCUGAACCUGUGUAUAAAUCUUUCUUUAAAAAAAAAAAAGACAAGCAUUUACUGUAGUUGUCCUCUGUGACUUAUCCAUGGGAGGGGGGAAUCUUGUCUCAAGUGUAAAAUGCAGUACUGUCCCAGUUUUCCUUAGCUUUUAUUUAUUUAGUCAUCUUCGAUAUUUCGUAUGUAGUUUUGAGGUAAACAAAAUACAUUCUCGUAGCUGAAGCUACAGAUCUAAGCAGCUGGGAGAAAAUUACUGUAAUGUCUUCUUAAUUGUUCUAGUACUGUAUACGAAUAUGGGAAAAACGUUCUGCACAACAUUUGAGAUGCAGAUUCUUAUCCCCACAGUAGGCUAUUUUCCACGUAUUAGACCAAAUCAAUCAAAACUCCAUGAUAUUAUAGGUCUUUUCCAACUAAAUGAUUCUAAAAACAUCUAUGGAGAUUACUUAGUGUUCUGCUUAUGGCAGUAACUACCCCUUGAAUGUGCUGUGAUUUCAGAAAAGAAUAUAUUUAUUUAAGAUGACUGAAUGCUCUUUUAUACUAAUACAAUAUCCCAAAGUCACGAGCAAGAGACUUCUUGGUAGUUUGGGUUUCUAUUUUAUAGCAUUGUUGCAUGACUUUUGAAAUUUAAGUGAUAAGCGUUGUUGGAAAGGGGCACAGGAACAAGGGACUGGUAGAAGUGUGUGAAUUUGUGGUGUUUAAAUUUCGGCUUUGGUCUUUAUUAUUUGGGUGAAAGCUGCCUCUGUAGCACAAGGCUGAGAAGAGCAUUCUGCAGUUUGUAUCAAGUAGAGUUGUAACUCACAUCAGAACAAGGGAAUGCCUUAUAGUUUGGAUGCUGUCUUUUGCAAUGGGAUAAUAAAUUGAAGCAGUUUUAAUUUCCACUGCCUGUUUAGCUACUGUACAGAUACUGAGCAGACUGAAGGCAACGGUUAUAGACUUGUGACAGCUAAGAGAGCAGGAAAGGAAAACUGGCCUUUAUUCUCAGUAUGGCAACAAAGGGGAAUUAGAAAAAAGAUAGAUGUGUAUUUAUACGUGUGUGUGGGUGCGUGUGUGGGGGUGUGUGUGUGCCUGGGUGUGUACAUUCUGCAAAAAAAAAUAAUGUAGGAAAACCAGAAACAUGAUGGGUCUACAAGACACUCUAAUGUAUGUCGACCCUUUUGAGUGCACUCCCUUUUUUUGAAUGCUGAGUCUAAUAUGGCUACCUCUCCUAAAAGACUACUUUCAUUAACUUCCAUUUGCUUUCGUGCUCGUAUCAUGUAAUCUUUUUGGCCAUUGAUACCAUUUGUAUAUCGCUGUGUGCUUUAUUUUCCAAGAGCGACUUUUAUAUAGUGCAGAAAACAUAAAGGCUGAGUAUACGGUGGUAGCCAAACUCUGUUGCUGGAGCGUUUUUGUUUAACUUCUGCCAUAGUCACAUGGGGGUUGCAGGACGUGGGCCCACUAGCUCUCCUUGGUUCAGUGAGAUCAGAUUUUGUAACAGCAGCAAAUGCAGUGAUCAUGGGGUGGGUGGACUUCUGGUGUUUCCGGAGGUGACAGAGUAAGCCAAGUGCUGCUCUUGAAACUCAUUCUGGAGUUUACGUUUGCAAUCCUGAUUUCACAAGGAAACAUGGCUGUGCAACUUGUGUGUUGUAUUCCAUACAUUAUCCAUUAGAUGCUGUUUGUUUGCCGUGCUUGUUUGAUAGGUUGUAGAGCUCCUAGGUGUCUUUGCCAUGUUUUGUAAUACUCGUGGCAUUCUACUUACCUUGUACAUAUUGUGGACCUGUCAACUAGAGCUGCCAGGAUGCUGAGGCACUUCAGGACACAGAGUGCCAUGCAUGAGUCCAUUUAGGCUGUGAAAGAGUUACUUGCCUCCUCCCCUGAAUUUCCCAAUAAAAAAGGCACAGUGAGGUUUAUGCUCUCACCCAAGUACUAUUAUAGUCAUUUAUGUACUCAGUAUUUUCUACUGAAUUGACAGCUUUGAAGAAGCUUAUGAGAUGGCUGUAUAUUUGAUGUUCCCCCACUAAUUCUUUUAAGGCAGAAAUCUAGGAACACUUGGGAUGAGAUCUCCACUCAGCAACACACCUAAGCUUAGGCUGAAAACGCUCCUUACUUAAGGGGCAGCAUUGUUAGUGCUGUGACAGUGCAGGAGCCCCGAUCAUGGACCACUACACUCUUGGAGUUGAGCUUGGGCUUGCGUGUUGUUCCUGGGGGAGGCACGUCAUUGUGACCUAGGGCCUUCAUUCAGAUGGAAUUUUUAAAAUGACUGCAAAUAGCUUAACAUUUGUUGAGUUCUUCCAAAGAAUUCCAUUGUAGUUUCUGGGUCUUGACUGUUAGCACAUACCAGCACACCCGCACUGUACUCUACUGGAAAAACCACACCUGUUCAGGUUUUAACUAACCAGGAUUCCGAAUGUAAUGGUCUAGUCUACUCUUUUCACCUCCACAACUGAAACUGUGUUUUCCCCUACAUACUGCUACACUUUAAUCAGUGAUUGGGUCUUUGAAGGUGACAAAAGCAAGAGAGGCAUAUGUGUACAUGUGUCUGCACGGGUAUGUGUACAUACGUGCAUGGGAGUGCAGUGACUUGCAACAUGUACUCUGUACAAAAGUGUUGCCAUGUUAGGUCAUAAAACAAAUUUAGGUUUCUCAGAUGAUAGUUUUCCAACUUUCUUGUUAGAUUUCGGUCUCUUUCCUACACAUUACACCGUAAGGUGUGAGUUUCAAAAAUCACACUCAAAAGAAACACAGAUCCUGCUGACCUGGAUGUUACGAAAACUUUCUUUCCCAGCAGUGCUUGCUUUUAAUAAUCAGAAUCUGUUGACAGUUUUAACACAACUGAUUUGCCAUGAUUUUUCUUCUUAGAGCCCAGUCCUUCAACUUUUAUUCUCACAUGUAUUUCCAGUGAAUUUUGACCUAGUAUUUGGCUUUAUUCUCUCUGAAGUUUGGUGUAAACAUGCCUUACAAUAGUUCAUCUCCAUCAAUGGUAUAACAGAGCUACUGCCUUCUUAGUUGUGUGUAGAUAAGUCAAUGAGCACAUUUAUAGAAUGUCAUACUUUCUUCAAAAACCUCUAAUUUGAUAUUUUUAAGUGCACAUGUUAAGUCAUGUGUAUAACAUGCUAAAGUACAUUAAACUGUGAUAAUGCAACUGAAUAAAAUAUUUAAUAAAAUAUUUGAAAUAUUUGAUAAGGACCUUUAAAUAGAUUUCUUUAUGUUCAUUCUAUUUUGGUUACCUAGCGUGUGCCUGUAAACAGUUUCCCGUUUAAAACUAAUGAUUGCAAAUAAAUACUAUUCAAAUGGAGCUUCUUUGAUGCUUCACCUGCUUUACUAUCAAAUGGUUGUUUACUUCAACAUAUGGCUGAGGCAGCAGCAUUUGCAGAAUUUGUUUUUGGCUGCAGUGUGAAUUUGCUGGCUUUUUUAUACUUAAACAAGCUUGUUUUCACCUGAAAAGGGACGAUGCCAAAACCCAGAUAUGGAUCCUCAGAACUGUAAGCUGUAGUUUCCUGUCAGAUCAUCCACUCAGCUUCUGCAUAAUGACUGUGAAGAUGACACUUAUUUUGCAAAGAACUUCUGCCCAUUUGUUCUUGCUGACAUUUUUUGUACUGUUGACAUUGUUGGGAAGAUCCAUAGAUCCACUCAAGUGCCCCAGAAUUCAAUGGAUUUAUAUCGCAUAAAGCUGGAGAUUAUGGGACAGAGAGCACCAGGACUCGGUGCAGUUAGGCUGUGGGAGAAAAGUUUUCCUUUUCUCCUGAAUUUUCCAGGUAUCCACUUCCUGUUUCUGGAUUCUGUCUUCUUUACACACCUGGGAAGCUCAUCCACAAAGAUAUAAGAGAAGUCAUCCCACGUGAAGAAGCCCUUGCUAUGUUUUUGGUCUUUGGACACUAAGAGAACUUACUCAAAAGUGGAUUCUCUUUUAGAAAUAAGUAGCAAGUGACAUCAGUGUUUAAACUCGAAGGUCCCCCACUACUUUGGAAACUUAUUUAAACCAGAACUCUAUUUUACCCAUAUAUUUUACCCUCUUGGGUCUUGAAAAUUAGACUGUUGGGGAUCUUCUCUUUUUCUCUCCUUGGAUGCCUGAAACCCCUUUGAUUGCAAUGGAUUUUUUUGAUCGAAGAAGACCCAAGAACAGUCUUCAUGAACCCAGUAGACACUGGCUGUUCACAUAGGGGCAGAACUGCUGUCUCUGAAUCUAAAGUAGCAAAAGGGAAAUCUUUAGGUUUGUGGCGCUUUUUUUAACAAUGUGCCAUUUACUCAGGAAAGAAGAAAUGUAUGCAAUCUUGCACUGCCUUUUACUGGGUAUACAUCAGUAUCUCUGCAAAGAAACACCAGGAAUGGAAGAGCUUCAGCAUUAAAGGCCAUGUAAAGGUCAUACUUGGGGAAGGGGGAGGAAAGCUCUGGUUCAGUGAGCAGAAAACGUUGAAGAAUUUUAAGAAAUCUGUAUUCUCUCAGUAUGAUAUGCCCAGUCAGGGACUUUGAAGUCGCUAUUCUAUAUUUUUUAUUACCAAGUUACCUUAAAACAGUUGUUUUCAUUCCUCAAACUCCCAUCUUCUCAUCUGCUUUCAUUUUGUUCUUCCAAUGAAAGACCUGCUGAAUUCAGCCAACUCUCAGUGCACCUAGAUCUGGUUUGUUACCCAGCUCUUGCUCAUGUUGCUUCUUGGAGCUGCUUGGCAUUACACUGACUCUUAACUGUCAGGUAAGAUACAUUUCCACUAAUACUUUUGGAAGAACACAGGGUGGAAGGGCAUCCUUCUGCUCAAGCACCACGUUUCUGCCAGACACUCCAAUGUUCGCUCCCCGAUACCAUUUGUUGGGUCCUUUUCGUUGCUCCGUGUACAGCUAACCCUGCUUUCAGAGAGACUUUUUUUUUGUCCUACGAUGUGACAACUUCAAGUGAGACACAAAGUAUACCUGAGCAUACCAUACCCAUGCUAUAUACCAGCUUGUGAAGCUGUCAGUUCUUCAGUAGGACACUGGCACUUUGUAACGAAAUACGAGAUGCAUUCCUAUAUCUGCUGCAAAGUUCUGGUUUGUUUUGUUUUCUGAAAUAAAACCUGUAAGAUUUAACGUCUACCAUCUAUUCAGUGUCAACUUCUUUUUUGUGGACUGUUCUUGGCACAGCAACAGUAAGAAACUGAGCUCUAACAAAGUUUUAUUUAAAAUAUACUUCAUAUUUCAGCAGGGCUUCAUUGGUUGCUUUCUGAUAGAAGAAGAUCCAGUGUUAGAUCUUCAGCAGAAGUAAGCUUGCUUAAGCUGUAGCUGCCACAAGCCCAGCUGAAACUCCAGUUGAAAAUCCAGCCUAUAUAAAGUACAAAAUACAAAAACCAUAUUCCAUAUAGAGCAGCACUUCAGCUUUUUCAUCAGCCCAUGAAACAAGAGGAACUAGUUGAAAUAGACCCAAAAAUUAAACCAGCUGAGUCAGAAUGACAGGCUUAGCAUUGUAGCACACUAAGAGAAGGCUGUUGUUGCCACAGAAAAAAAAAAAAAGGUGGGAGAAAGAAAAAUCUGAGCUCUCAAGACAUAUCCUUCCAAUCCAAAAAAACUCUUUUGAGUAAAUCUUUGGAGAUCAAUAACAAGUUCUCUAUGUGGCCCACCAAAGGCUUCCCAGUUAUGACAGACCACCAGGCUUCAGUCAGAUAAUUCUGAGCAUCAGUUCCCUUCCUUCCAAGGUCUGGGCAGGUUCUCUGGUCAGCAUUGCUGUGGAUUAUUAAAACAUCUUGCCAUUUUUAAGAGUUAAGGAGAAUUUGGAAAUUAGAUAGUCCCAGUCUGUCGGUAACUUAAGAUACUUGGUUUUGGUGUCAGUAUCCAGGAAUAGUGGCUUUUGUAAUGCCACUAAGUCUUCCUGCAGUGAUGAGCUCACUGUGAGCUAUGCACAGUGUGGGAUCUGGAGUUCAUGUGUUUGCAGUUUUGCACAAUGAAUGACUUUGAUUCAGACAACCUGCAGCAAGCCAUUGCCAUUAGCAUUGGUCUGGGUGAAGCAAAUUCUUGGCAUAUCUCUCUGACAGACAGCUCCUGGUUAUGUUCUGAGAUGGUCCGUCUGGUUUGGUCCUUGCUGGCUUGCUCAAAAACCUAUUCCUGCCUGUGAGUGAAGCUUUGUGGGAUUUCCAGUUGAGGUGUUUGUCAUGAAGCAGGGCUCUGGCAGGGGGCGGUUCUUUCACCACAAGCCUCUCCCCUUCAGGAUGGCGAAGUUUAUCUGUGCCUCAGCAACUCUGUGUGGGAUCUCUUUUUGCCUGCAGCUGCUCAGAUGGAUUUUUGUAGUACAAAAUGAAACAAACCCAGCUGGGAACUCAGUGAUAAAGUCAGACCUUCACAAGCUUCCAGGUUUCAGUGGGCAGUAGUUUGAGAGUGAGGGGUGUAAUGUGUCUCCAGUGAGAGCAGCUAUGUAAAUAGCAUGCAGAGAUUGACAGGUUAUGGCAACAAGGCUGUGUUUCCUUUUGUUUUGAAGAGCAGUGUUUCCUAACGGAAGUAAGGUGGCAGGGAAAUUACCAUCGCAACAGAUGGACUAUUCCAUUGUCUUCAGUUUCAGGAGCAAGGGUUUGCCAACCAGGUUGAAAAAAAAGGAGAAAUUGCAGUUCAAGUCUGUGGCUUGUAAUGGAUGCUGUGUUUUGCUUCAGUGGCUGUAGCAAUAACUUUUCAGCUGGAAGUAAUGUGUGAGCUACUUAAGGUGUGAUGCAGUUCUAAACCGUCCCAUUCACUUCUAGAUGACAGAUGUAUUUGGCGUGUGGUGUAAGUGUUGCUAACAGGUGGUUCCCAGCAAAUACAUCGUAAAUAAUACCAAGUGUUCAUCGUUAUUUUAAUCAGUAAUGAAGAAAAUUCUUCCUGCUAUUGCUUUAAGAAAAUAUACUGUGCUUGGCUGGCACGAGGCAUAGUCUUACCCUGGAAAGUAGUGGAGGGAAGCAUUUCCAAUGACACUGUUUAAUCUCGGUACUUAAUUUUUUCUAAACAUCUUUUCUAGUAACUAUCUGUAGUGUACCAUAUUUAGGACACAGUUAAUUCAGCUCUGAGAUCUUUUAAAGUCAAGGUAACUAGUCACCUCUCAUGUAGAAAUCCACACCGGCAAAUAAAUAUCUUAGGGAUGAAUGGGAUGAAUAAAGGAUGCUGCAUGCAAAUGCUGGAUCUCUUUAGAUGUAGGACAUUCAAGAUGCAGGAUUGCAGGCCCAGGAGCCAGGCCGUGGGCAGGUAUCAGCACAGGUUCACAGUGUAAUUUUGCUGGCUUGCGUGAAGGGAAGACAAAAGGGCUGUAUUUAAAACCCAUGUGAUUCACUGAGCCCAACACAUCGUCAGCACCGCAUGCGCUUGAUGCUGGGGGAGUUUCAGAGUUGCUGCAGUGGGAGACUCCAUUUCUGUGCUGCUUGUCCUGAGCAUUGGCUGUUUUUUUGAUGUUCUGCAACUCAGCAUUUUUCACUUACCCUGUCUCUAAAGAUAGCCAUGGAGCCUAGGUCCGCCACAGCAGUCGUACAUGUAGUGAGGGAUGUCUGGUACAGUGGUGUUGUGCACUGACAGGUGCAGCAGCUUAAAACCAUGAAGUGGUAGCCAGGAGUUCCCAAGGUCCUCCAGGGACCUCUGUGGGGAGGCCAAGUGCAGUUGCUGCUGCUUUGGGGGUUGGGGUGUGGGUUUAUGGUGGCAGCAGCGUCGAGCCUGAGCAAAAAGGCUGUGUCUGUCCCUAGGUCACUGAGAGCUUCACUUGGGCCAGGCUCUGGGAACAGCGGAAUUGGAGAGUGCUUAUAAAAAUUCCUUAUAAAAGUGAAGCACAAUUUUACUCAUUUGCAUCCAUACACAUAACAGCAGGAUUGAUUUAGUCUGUUACGGCUUUUAUAUAAAAAUUGCCUGGAAUACAUAGUGUUUGCUACCAUGAGCUCUGGCAGCUGCACUGCACUGUGCACUUGGUUUAUUAUAACUGAAUGAGGGGAACAUAUAAAAAUGUUUUACAGAUUUUUGUGUCCACCUGUUGGCAAAAUGUACCUGACAUACCUUGGUCGUCAGGUGGUCAGAAGACAGUAAUUUCCAGAUUAUCUCUAGAACUGGGUCCUUGUUUUAGCAUUUUCAAACAGGUAGCAUAUGUGCAGAUGCAUUUUUUAAAUAACUGAUUUAAGAGGGUUGUACUCAUGGUACAUGUUUCAUGGGUGAGAACCAUGAAAACACCGUUAAGACACAAGAGUCAGUAUAAAAGUGGUAGUUUUGUAUUCAGAGAUUCUGUUCAUCUGCAAGUAGUUUAAAAAACCUAGACAAAAAAAAUGGAUGUGUGCUGUUCCACCUGGGCACAGUGAUUCUGUAAUUGAUGGCCAAGGGUUGCAGGAAUUUAAAAGCAUCUUUAUUAAUGAGGUUAAAAUGUAUUCUUAAAUAGAAAAUUCUGUCCUUUUAGGCCACUCAAAAAAUACUCAAUUCAAGUUGAGUAAUUUUUUACUACUUUUGAUUAAUAAAACUACAAAUACAGUUAUUUUAACAAUCUUCAGAUAAAUAGAAAAUGGUGAAUGUAUUUUUAGGUGCCAUGUGUUACCUAAGUCCUAGAUGGGAGUCCCUUGGCAGCAUUGCCCUGUCACACUUGACAGUGUUUGUGGGAGGAUGUGGUGGCAUGUGUGGAACGUGCAGCUGCCUUCAGCAUCAAACCAUCAUCCCACAGAUCUCAGCCACUGGAAAUCCAUUGCCAUCAAGAUACAAGGGACAUAAACAGCAUAAAAACUGUUUAAAAAUAAGAAUUGGUUAAGGUUUGUCACUUCUGGCAAAUCUGCUGUCCAACUGAAAAUGCUUUAUAUUUGGUAGAGACAAAUGGCUUUGUUGGAUGGUUUUGCUUCUGUUGCAGCAAGUGGGGAACGUCAGGCUUCACUUGCAGAUCUUUCACCUUGCUUUUCAGUCAUCCUGCCUUUCCCCUCCUCUUUUUUCUCGAGCAGAUGAACACUUGGUGGACAUCAGUAGCAAAACAUCCACAGAUUUUCAGUAGGAUGGACAGUAUCCCACACCUUCCUGAGCUACUUCAUAACUCUGAAAAACCCACAGAGUGUUUUUUUUAAUUAGCAAAGUUUUAACAACAAUUUUCCUCAGCCGUGGCUGUGCAUCAAAUGCAGCUUCUGCAGAAAGAUAAUUACAGGGAAGUGGGAUCCUGCAGUGAAAUGGAUAGAGCAGCAAAGCUCCCUGGGCCCUUCUUGUGCCCCAGCUCUCUGUAGGAAAGCCCAAGCAGCACCAGAGUCAGGCAUCUAGCACGCUUCUGAAAUAUGAUAAGUUAUUUUUUUCCUCCUAACAGCUUAUUGUUGAGAAUAGAUUCACAGUUUAUUGGGGCUUGGCAUGUUUAAUUUUUUAGUGUGUGGCUUGAAGGCACACGCUUUUUAUAAAAACAAACCCAAACUCCCUUCAGUGCUGCAUAUUAGUCCUACAACGUUUGCAUUAGCUCCUGCUGAGCCUUAACUUGCCAAAUAAAACUCUUACCCCGCAUUUCUAAAUUUCUUUCUUAGUGGGGGAAAUGAAAGUCCCCAGAUAACGAAAUACUUUUUCUCCAUAAUUACUGAAGAAACUUUCAGAUCAAAUAAACACGAUAUUGGCUUUUCCAGCUCCCUUGCUCAUACAGCCUUGCCUAAGCCAGCAGGCACACGUGGGGGGAGCCUGCAGGAUCAGGACCAUGCUUUACAAGGAGCAGCAUUGCUUUUCCUCCAGAGGAGGCCCCCUGGCCGCCGGGAAGCACAGCACAGCAUUCCCUCUGCAUCCGAACGGGUGGGAUGGGGGAUGCCGGCUGAGGGGUGUGCACAGACCCUGGUGCUGCUGCACAAGGCUGCAGUCCGAGUGGCACCUGCAGGAGUCGCAUAUCAAAGUAAAGGCUGUUGCUCUGCAUGUCUUGUCAGUAAAAUGUUGCUUUUAAUUUCUGCAUCUUUCACCUGCUCCUGUUUGAAAGCUGUCCUAGGCACUUUGCAUGUCAGAGAUCGUAUUGGGAGAGCAGUUCCCUGUGGAUUUGAGUUGUUGGUCAAAGAUUUGGCAGUAGAAGCAUCAGAUGCUUGCUGUUGUAAACUCCUUUGGUCACUUUGAAAUGCUGUUGUGGUGAUUGUCUCAAGGCUCUGUGCACAUGGUGUAAAUGAUGAUGCAAAGACAUUUUUAUCCUCCUUGUUACUGAGUGUUGAUUUCCUCAAGAAACAUGAAUUUGGGAAGGAUGCCACAGACUUUCAGAAUUAGAUGUGUCACUAGAUGAUCUUUUUUCACCCAUGUGAAAUUUAUAAAUGGGAGAGGGGGAUUAAUUUGGGGUGCAGUCAGGCCUAUAAGGAAAGACCAGCGUCUUCAUAAAUCAAAUUCUGCAUUUUUUGUUUGUGUUUUUAUGGUGAGAGUGGGUCAGCAAGCUGCUAAAGUAACAGCUCACUGCAGAAAUGGUGAACAGACGGAUUCCAAUGGCCAUCCGUAGGUGAGCAUGGCACACCAGUGCUGCUGCUGUUUAUUCACCUCCUUUCCUUCCUUGCAGGACUUGGUGUGUGAGGUCAGUUUUGGGCAGGUGUGUUACAUGAAAUGCAACACUGCACCUCGUGAGCACAGCAGUGUUGGUGUUUCCUAACGGUGUUUCAUCUUGUUGUUUGCGAGUGCCUGUUUUAAAAUGUCACAGACUCUGAGCUCGAGGUUUGUCCUUUUUUUUUUUUUUUUUUUUUUUUUUUUCCUUUUUUUUUGUAGCCAGGUCUUUGUAUGAGUUAAUUGUAGCUGAUUUUAAAAACCAGCUGCUCUGGAAAUACCCAACCCCUGCAAGCUAUGAGCAAGAACUGGCAAAGGAUGUUUUAAAGAUCCAGUGAUUCUUGUCAAUGUGGGGUUUUCUUGUUCAUUAUCAACUAGUCAACAGUUCAAUCAGCAUUUUUCAAGAUGGCAAAAGGCUGAAGGAAAGCUUUCCAUGCAGCUUUUGAAUGUCAGGGUGGACAUUUCUCUGUGUUCUUCUUGGUUUGCUGCUCCCCGUUGUCAGUUUUGUUCAGGCUGACUGUAUAAGUGGACAGGCUUUGGGUGGUGGUGUGAGGAAAGUGUAAACUGACUCUUAAUAGGAUGUCUGAAGUGCUUGUGCGUAUUCCUGCACAAACAGCAAGUCAAGACAGAAAACCAAGCAGCCAGUCAGGUUAUUAAACACAUCCUGGGUUGUGGCAGGAUGAGAUCUUGGCUGUAUUUCAUUGGCACAGUCACAGGGCCAAAAGGGACUUGGAGACGUCAGCUAGAGAAUUUCCAAGGCAGGUUAAGCUAUACUUAUCACAGACCUGAUGGGUGGGUGUUGAACUUGUCCUUAAAAGCCUCUAAUAGUGGAGAAUCAAAUGUUUCCCCAUUAUGAUUUUUUCCAGAGUUUGACUGUCUUUUGAGGGUUGUUUAUUCCCCCAGUGCCUAAGUACAAAAUUUUAGGGUAUAGCAGAAAAAGACAGUGUCCUCAAAAGAUACUAGACAGAGAAGCAUUUUAGCUGGUGUUGUAAAUACAACCUUAGAAGUAAUGGUCAGAUAAAAUCUGAGACAAGGUUUUCAAUGAACACCAACCCAACUUUAUACUUGCCACAAGACUCCUCCAUGCCUUUGUAAGCCUCUUCCUUCAAAUUGUGUGUCAGGUUGAUGGUUAAUAGCCAUACCAGAGAGGUUCAAAGAGACCUUUCUCCUUGUGCUGUUUUCUAUCCAGUAGUUGCCUUCAACUUUUUUUUUAUUUUUUUAACAGAGUUAACAGUGAAAAAACAUAAAAAGAAACAGACAAAAAAACCAAACAUCACCAAACCAACCCAGCUUUCCAGCCUUUUUCCUUGGUGCCCUUUUCAGAUACCACGAGUCCAUCAUUAAAGCCAUAUUACAGGGAGGAAACCAAAGGAGAGCAGCAUCCAUUCCAGUAGGCAGUCCUUGUGCCAGCCACACCAAGAGGCUGGAGAGCCAUCAGGUGCUGGAGCCUGCCCUGGCUCUACAGAUGUCCUCUCUCAGCUGCCUCUGGCCUUGGAAACAGGUAUUUUCCUGCCUGCCCUCUGGUGGGAUGCUGCUGGCAUCACCUCUGCUCACAGCAAGGUCCCUGCCUAGGUCUGAUCCAGCCUUUAUGUGGAAGAUGUGGGAAAAGCAGCCCCUGAUGGUGUUGGCAGUGCAGGGACCAGGACAGCCCUGUACCUGCAAUACUCUCCAGCUCCAAAACCAGGACUAGUGGAACAAUUUUGAAACACUUAGGAGACUCAUGGAGCAAGUCCAGUGCGUUACAAGAGCCGUGUGCUCUGUUGCUGCUGGUGUGUAGAUUUACUCUGGACAAUGCCGCAGUUUAUCAAAGAGUCUCCAAAGGACAGACCAUGCUUCUCUCCAAGCUGAGUGCCCAUUACUGGGAACAGGCAUCCCAUAGGGAAGCAAAGGAGAGAGCACAUCCCUCAAGCCUUCAUUUUCUGCCUGUUCUGGUCCAUCAGGAAGCUCCCUGCCUGCACUCCUGGUCGCUGUGCCUGGUGCCAGGGCAGGGAUUUGCUCACUCAGCAGAGGUUUAGGCUUGCAAGAAAUUGGUUGGCAAACCCCUUACGCCCCAGUGGUCCAGACACUGGGCAGAGAUGGCCCCAGCUGUGCUGGCAUCCUGCUGAGACUCUGCCCCAGGCCCACCAGCCCUGCUCUUCUGCAUGGCCACACAAAGCUCAGAGGUGGGGGAGGUGACGGCAAAGCCCCCCGGCUCCGGCGGCAAGUGCCAUUAGUGCCUUCUGCGAUGCACGGCAGCCCCCCGGCAGCCCACACUGCCAUGGGACGGCCUGAGGGCCACACACGGUGCUGGGGUGCUGCUGAGCCCUGGCUGUGCAUUUCCAGGGCUUUGUGACAUCAGCAGAACCAGCUGCAGGCUGUGGCAGAGGCUGCCCUGCCGAUGCUGCCGGAGGCGCACAGGGCCCAUCGAUUGCCACUGUGGCCCCCACUGAGCUCUCCAUGUGGUGCUCCAGACCCGGGCACUGACACCCAGGGAGGCAAACAAAGCAGCACAGGGACUGGGCACCGUGUUGAAGAGCUGAAAGAAGUGGUACCAUAGGCAGGAGACAAAGCAGAGGCCUCAGAAAUGUUGGCUUCCUAUGGAUGCUUUCUCCAGGUGAUGCCUGGUCCCAGUUACAGGCACAGAUAUGGCAAGGGGCUUGGAUGGCUGAGGGACCCAGGUCUGUUUAGUUCCAGUAAGAGCCACUGAUGAAACACUGUGCAACUGUGUGCUGACCAAAGACUGACUUGUAAGGGCAGCAUCUCCACAGACAACCUCCUGCAGUAGUUGGGAAUCUCCAGGCAUUGAGAGAGAAAGCAUUUAAUGGCUAAAAAGGAAAGGGGGGCAACAUAACAGUUUAAAAAUGCAAUUUUCUCAAUAACCUUAUGAAUGGAAAAAAUGGCACUAUAAUAGGGGAAACAAAAAAACUUGUGGAAGGGAUGAACUGAUUUUCCCCAAGCCCAAUAAUCAUCUUCGCAAGAAUGGCCUAGUGCUAUGAGUUUUUGUUCCUGGUUUCAACACACACCCAGUGAAAUAGGGUGGAUGCCCAUCAGGCUGCACUUCAGUUGCAAAUUAACCAGUAUGUUCAGCAGUCCUUGACUUUCACGAUCGAUAUGAUCUUCAGCAAUGCCUAGAGAAGGAAAAGUGUUUUCCCCCAUGUUUCACAGUUUCUCUCCUGUUCUGUAAAACUCUUAAUCCCUCAUGCUCCCCUUGAUUUUCUGACUCCUGCUUUCACCUAGGGACCCUACCUAGGAUAAGCAAAAAAAUCAGGUUGCAGUGGAGACAAAACUGACAAAAAAGCUGCACUUUGCGGCAAAUCAACCACAGCAUGACUUCCAAAUUACACCCUCUUCCUCAGUAGUCAAAAAACAAUGGCAGGUUUUAUAUCUAGUUUAAGUGCUUCUCUCUUAAAAUUUGUCUUUUUUUCCCCUUCUGCCCAGCAUAGCUGGCAGAUGCUUCUCACAUUUUCCCUGCUAUUGAGUAUCAGCAUGUGCUUUGAGUCCUGUAGAGCUGGAGAGGAAUUACUCACAGAAUUGAAAAAUAACACUCAUCCUGUUACCCUUGCAGGCACAGAAUUCUAUCAAAGUACAAGAAAAAAUAAAGGGCAUUUUUCUUCUCCUGUGCUUGCACAAUCUGCGUAACACCAAUGGUAAAGCAAGGUCCAGGUGCAUAAAUAAGGUGAAGUGAUGCUCUGUGAUGAUGCAGGAACUGAAGGGACUGAAUUUUGAACAGCGUCCAUACACAGUGGCUUUCCUGAUAUGGGCAGAAGAAUUCACAUUCUGCAGCACACAGCUCAGCUUCUAGCUUUUGUGUGUGUCUCUCUUCUUGCAGUACUUACCUGCCUGCUCUCAGUGGGUACCUGGAGGAGGCAGAGGAUACCUGCUGCUUGGAUAGCUAAGAUUGCUUCUGAGGUCACUAUGAAAUAUCAAUCAGGAAUUUUCUGUCUUUACUGUUUCAUAGUUAAAGAUGCAGGAGGCAAUGCUGAAUUCAACAAGGAUGUGUUUGCCUGGCCAAGUGCUCAUGGCCGAUAUGCUUUUAGGUACAGCCCAUCCUUCCUCCCCUAAUACUGCAAAUACAUCCUGUUCCAUCGGGGUGUCCUUCUUUCAAAUACCCAUUUUUGUGCUCCCCUAUCAAAAUGUCAGAAUGAUUAUGGGAAACAAUUUAUUUAUUACCUCCGUUUUCUUGGUACAUGUUCUGUGCCAUACUCAAAAGCCAGUUUCUGUUGAGGGUGUGCUGUGCGCUUUUGGCCAGAUGUUGGUGCUUGUAUUGGAGGUUGUUUCUGCCAGUGGCACGUGCCUGGCUGGGAGUCUGGUGGAGCAGGGUGGUCCCUUGUGCUGGUGGGACCAUGCCCAGGUCACACAGGCCGGAUCCUGGUUUGGCAGGUCACGAGGAAAUGUUGCAGACUGGGGAAGGGAGGGGGUGCCUGGGCAUGUGUGAAAACAGAAACAACCUUCCUACCCCCCUCAGCUGUCUCGCUCCACCAGAUUUUCUGCCCCAGUUGGAGACCCCCUGUGCCUGUGCUGCUGUGUUCCAGGUCAUUCUUGGGUCUGAGCCACUGACUUCGUGCAAACCCAGCUCUGGCCCACUGGGGUGGUACCCGAAGUAGAGCGACUGUGUAUCAGGGUGUCAGCACUGAUUUGGGAAGAGGCUCCUGGAGACCCUUAUGGCGAGGAGUGUGUGAAGUGACAUCUGUGUCAUGAACAGAGGUGAUGUUGCACCUCGUGUGAGCAGCGAAGCCUGUGGAGAGUUGGGCUGAGAUCAGAAUGGCAUCACUUACAAAAGGGGCCUCCUCCCUCUACCCCUCUGUUUUUGUGCAGAUCCAGCGGAAGGGGUGCUGCCUGUCUGCAUGUGCAUGCUCCUGCUUUGCCUUUGUGAGUGGACCCCAAGACAUAAACAGGGAGCAAGCAGACUAGAAAAGGGUGGCACAAAAGGCACCCUUGCUCUUGCCAGGUCGUCAUGGUGUCCCCAGCAAAGGUCUCUCCCUUCCUCUUUCCUUGCUUGGUGGCUUGGGCUUGGUUCUUGGGCAGCAGCAACAAGCAGUGCCCUGCUGCUUGCCUGCCUGCUACAGGGAGCGUAAGGCUGACAUCGCCCAGCUGAAGAUUAGGCCCAAAAUGCAUUACAAGCAUUUCCUCAAAUAGGCAGUUUUAAUUUUAAUAAGUUGUAUUUAAUAGCCCUCAGGACACUGGCUGUGUGAGAGGAAAGGAUUAUGUCCUGAAAAUAAAAUUGAAUGGAUGGAUGGAUGGAUGGAUGGAUGGAUGGAUGGAUGGAUUGGUGGAUGGAUGCCAUCUGAAAGGCUGCUGAGAGUUUGGUGUGGGCUGAGAGGCAUCACAUUUUCCUUAGAGAGAGUAGCCCUUGCAAUGUGGUUGAACAACAGGGAGGGGAGUUAGCAGGGGAAGCACUUUGACUGAGAAAUGUUCUUUUAGAUUAAACAACAAAACUCUGCAUGCACAUACAGACUAGAUCUUCAUAACGCGGCCAGGCUUUGACAGUGUACUGCAGCAUUGUUGCUAUUUAUAACCGACAAUUACUAACACUAUAACCCAGUAAACUUAGUGGUAGCAAUUACAGCAACAUAAAUAGCAAUCCAGAUGACUAAAGGCAUUGCUGUCAAUGCGGGUGGCAGCUACAGCAUUAGACAAAAAUCGGAGGGAAGAUAUCGAGAUUCGAUAUACGAGCUUGGGUCUGCUAGUCUUUUAUAUACCAUUUUUAAUAUACUUCCUGAAAUGAAGCUUCAGAAAGGUACACUGCCUCUUUAAAAUUAGUCUAGGAACUACAGGUAGUUCACAUUAUUUUUAAAAUAAUAAAUCUCUAUAUAUAUCUAUAUUAAAAUAUAUAUGUAUACAUAAGUUGGCUAGCCUACCUUGUGGAAAGGCUGCAGCUAAACUAAGUCUGAGCUAAUAUUGUAUUACCAUGGUCUUCUGGUUUGUAGAUAGCCCUUCCUUAUUAGAUGAGGUUCUGUUCUUGCUCCACAGAAGGUGCCUGUGUAUAUAACUCCUUUGUAUUGCUUUCUGCAGAGUCCCUUAUAUAUUUCUUACUACUAAUGCUGUGUAGAAAAGGAAAUCCAGAGAUUUUACUACUGAUAAUUAACCAUAUAAUGGCCAUUAGCAAAAUAAAGAUUUAGUUGUUUGGAAAACAGAUUAUUUAUAUUGUGUAUGGUUUAUUGCCUGAUAACUUGUUUGGUGACUGGAUAUUCUUUUCCUUCUCCUGGUCCUUUUCUGCUUUUUCCAGCUAUGGUGUUUACUCCUCACUUUGAUUAUCUAGCAGGCAAUAAAGUAUAUUGUAUGUUUUGAA